CUGAGGAGAGCAGGAGGACCCCGACGCUCUUCAACCUCCUGCAUUCAUUUCAGUCAUAUUCAUACAGACAACGAGAGAAGGCUGUGUUUAUUUGGAAAUAUUUACCCUCUGUAGCUCGGAGGAUUCAUCCAGGGAGAUUGAAUGGAAGCGGCGGCGGCUGAAGGGGCGGCCAGUCUGUCCGAGGCCGGGGAUGGGAGUCCGUUAUCCGGGGCAACAGCAUCCGAGGACGCGGGGUCGGCGGACGAUGUGGAUGCGGAUUCCAUAUCGAAAAAGGCUUACAUCACAGAGAUGCCUUCAUCGUCAGGCCUGCCGUCUCAUGGGAAGAAGAUCGGACACAGAGGAGUGGACGCUUCUGGAGAGACCACGUAUAAGAAGACCACAUCUUCAGCGCUGAAGGGGGCCAUUCAGCUGGGAAUUGGCUACACGGUCGGUAACCUGAGUUCCAAGCCAGAGCGGGACGUCCUGAUGCAGGAUUUCUACGUGGUGGAGAGCAUCUUCUUCCCCAGUGAAGGGAGCAACCUGACGCCAGCACAUCAUUUCCCAGACUUCCGCUUCAAAACCUACGCUCCCGUGGCCUUCCGUUACUUCAGAGAGCUCUUCGGCAUACGGCCCGACGACUAUUUGUAUUCGCUGUGUAACGAGCCGCUGAUUGAACUGUCCAAUCCCGGAGCCAGCGGUUCAGUCUUUUAUCUCACAAAGGAUGAUGAGUUUAUCAUUAAGACAGUCAUGCACAAGGAGGCCGAGUUUUUGCAGAAGCUUCUUCCUGGAUAUUAUAUGAACUUGAAUCAGAAUCCUCGCACCUUAUUACCCAAGUUCUUCGGUCUCUACUGCGUACAAUCGGGUGGCAAGAACAUUCGAAUGGUGGUGAUGAACAACGUUUUGCCCAGGGUGGUGCGCAUGCACCUUAAAUACGACUUAAAGGGGUCCACAUACAAGAGACGGGCUUCAAAAAAAGAGCGGGAAAAAGCAAAACCAACUUUUAAAGACCUCGACUUCAUGCAGGAAUUACCAGAUGGACUCAUGCUGGACACGGACACAUACAACGCCAUGGUCAAAACCUUACAGAGAGACUGUUUGGUCUUGGAAAGCUUUAAGAUUAUGGAUUACAGUUUGCUGCUUGGCGUUCACAACAUCGAUCAGGCAGCAAAAGAGCAGCAGAUGGAGGGAUCUCAGGGCAACAGUGAUGAAAAGAGGCCGCUGGCACAGAAAGCGCUUUACACCACUGCCAUGGAGUCCAUACAGGGAGCGUCAGCCUGUGGAGAGGGCAUUGACACAGAGGACACGAUGGGUGGCAUUCCUGCAGUCAAUGGAAGAGGAGAGCGUCUGUUACUCUACAUCGGAAUAAUCGACAUCUUGCAGUCAUACAGGUUAAUAAAGAAGCUGGAGCACACAUGGAAAGCUCUGGUCCACGAUGGGGACACGGUGUCUGUUCACAGACCGUCUUUCUAUGCCGACCGCUUCCUCAGGUUCAUGAGCUCUACUGUGUUCAGAAAGACUUCCUCAUUAAAAUCGUCUCCGUCAAAGAGGGGUCGUGGGGGUCUGGCAGUGGGCAAAUACUGUGGACCCGGAGCGGCCUGGUCUGCCAGCCAGCUGCCCUUCAUGAGGGACGAAAACAUCUACGACCUCAGAGGAGCCCGCAGCUUCCCCACACUGGAGGAUGAUGGUCGGGCGGAUGUUCUUCCCUGCACUCCUCCUUCAUUCGAGGAGGCCACCACAGCCUCCAUCGCCACCACCCUCUCCUCCACCACCUCUCUGUCCAUCCCUGAACGAUCACCUUCGGACACCUCUGAACACCCGAGAUACAGGAGACACACACAAUCCAGCCAUGAAGAAACUAUGCAGGAUGAAGACCAGCAGACCAUUACGGUGGAGGUGGAAGUGGAAGGACGAUAUGAUAGUGAACCCACACUCGUGGCUCCCCAGGUAUCGCCUGAGAUCAGUGAAGCCGCAGAGAUUCUUCCAGAAGCCUCGUCCUCCUCUGUCCCGGCGAGUCCCAGGAUCAUGGUGGAGUCUGAUGGCGGCAGUCAGGCCUCAGGCUGUACGAGCAGAGCCUCGGUGGAUGAGGAGGAUGACGUGCCAAUCACAGACAUUUAUUUUCCUCCAGAAGACAAAAGCUGGGUUUAUUCUCCUCUGCAUUUCAGCUCAGGGCCUAAAACCCUGCCUGAGGACAAAGGGGAAAGUGAAACAUAAUCGGACCUCAGGAGAAGGGCAGCUAAAGGUUUGGACUCUUCAGAUGAAUCAUGUCGGACGGACGCUGCUGUCAGAUGUUUCCGC